UACAAUACAACUGAAGUUGCCAGAUGUAUUUAAAAUAAAAUAUGAGAGCAUGUUCGUGUAAUGAGUAGUGGGGAAAUUUACAGUAAAGAGAUUAAAAGAACUGAAAGUACUUUCGAUUGUUGUAGUCUGGAGAGAAACAGCUCUUUGUGUUCUGUUCUGUAACUGUGUGAGGACAGCCGACAGAGAGUAUGGAAAAAUUAUAAAGGAUGAAAACAGUUGACUGGUGUUCCUUGACCUUUCUUGCAUUUUUGUGUAUCUUAAAAGUCUGUGAGUGUGAACGUUGCUUAUCUGUUCGGGCGAGUCGUAGUUCAAAGUUUGUGCCAGAAGGGGGCAGUCUCCGAAUGAGCUGUGAGGUGGAACACUGUGGGGUACGUGGCUGGACUGGAGGAUGGACUUUUCAGGACAUGCAGAGGAGCACAGAGUGGACUUUCCUCACUUCCUCUCCACGCAUUCAGCUGUAUAAUUACACUCUGACCACCAACAGCACACAUUUGUUUGUCAGCAUUCAGAACAUCAACCAAUCAGAUGCUGGAGCAUACAAGUGCAUGAUAUUCUGGCCUCAACAUUUCACUAGCAGUGGACAUGUGACAUAUGUUAAUGUGACUGAAGGUCCUUUGUUCUGGACAGCAGAAUCAUCAGGCAGAAAGCUCUCUCAUCGAGUGCUGGUGUAUCUCGGUGCCUUGAUGUGUUGUCCUCUUGUUCUGGGAUUGGUUUGGUGUCUGACCCGGGAUCAUCCAUCACCACCACCAAUUCCUCCCCACCCCCACACCUCCUUCGCUGCUAGAGUGAAACCAAAAAAGGAGUUGGUGUAUGCAGAAAUUGCAUUGAACGACACAAGGCAGAAUAUCCACCCAAAACAAGUGCUGCAGCCAACCAUCUACUCCUCACUGCGUUUUUCCUGACCAGAACAACUGCAUCUUGCAUUUCUAUCCCCAGGGGGUCGUUCAGAUCGAACGCGUUUUCACGUUAAACUUAUCCAUCAUAUUUUGCAACGCGAAAGUAAGCAGCGCCUGCAUUUCCAUUUCCGGCGAAUGUGACACAGUUCCGCUGGCAUUGACCGCAGUGUAAAAAACUAGAAGGAUAAUAGCAGAAUUUAGUGAUAUGGGCUUAUAUACUCUCACACAUCUACAGGAUGUACAGCAGAAUUAUGUGCCAAUGUCAGAUAAUUUUGUAACGUCAAAAUUUAUAGUAAAAGAGACAAAGCAAAUCAUUCACUUGUUACUGUGUGGUGUACUGAAGAGGCGAUAAUACAAUCUGCUACUUAUUUUACUGAGAUCGUGAUGAUAACUGUCUUUCUUGUCUCCAUGAAAACCUCCAUUCAUAUGUACCUGCACGACCUACGAUGAUGCCUUUAUUUAGUUAUUUCCAAAGGCAACGUUUCAUAAGCCAUGCUGAAUGCGAGAUCUGCGUGUCUGUUUACUAUGCACCGCUAAGAAAGAGAAUGCUCUCUGACAAGAACAGAGAGAAUAAUGCGUUUAUUAUUUUGUCAAGAUGAAACAACAUGCAGUUUUGGUGCAAAGAAAGUUGAAGCCGCAUUUUCCCAGCAGCUUUCUUCUCUCUACUGGUUGUGUAAAGUUUGCGAAGGCGUGUCAGCACCUGAUUUCAUUCAUUCUGCCUGUGCAACAGUGUGUGAUAAAACGAUGGCAAAAUGCAAUAAACGGUAAAACUAUAUGCGCUCAAAACCAAUGAGUUUAUGAAAUUCAUAAAUAAUAAUAAUAUGUCGACAUUUAUUGCCAGCCUGUAAUAUAAAGCAACAUAAUGUAGUAUUUUUGUAUAUCUAAAAGAGCUGGAAGUGGCCCACUAUUUUCACUGAAAAGUAAGGUGGAUAGAGCAGAGAUAAAGUCUUUCUAGCAAGUCAGUCCAACUGACCUUAUUCACGCUAGCGCCAUCUUUGAUUUUUAAUGGUAAUGACAACAAAGCUGUGAGGGAUAGGCUUCAAUGAUCUCUUCAAUGGCACGAAUGGAAUAAAGCUGUAUAAAGCUCCUAGAUCACAACUGAUUUUCCACAACUCAUGUUGUUUGGAGUUCUUUGUAUACUGAAUGUUCUUGGGCAGAUAUUUUAUCAAUGUUUUAUCUGCGGAACGAUCCAAAAACUCUUUAAACUGCAGUACAGCCCACUAAAGAGACUGUAAGUCUAUCCCUCACAGCCUCAUUGUCAUUCCCGUUAAAAAUCAAAGAUGGCGCUAGCGUGAAUAAGGUGAAUGGUGGCCAUCUCUGAAACGCUCCCAGGAAGCUAUUUCCAGUAAUGAAAGUGCUGCUCCUAUCUACCUGAAUGGGGGAACACCGAAAUCUCCACAACAGUUAAUCAAGAUAACGAUCAAGGAACAUAUUUCAAAUCAGCAAUAAAAUCUAACAACACUGGUAUCUGAAAUUGUGCUACUUUCCCACAGAUUACGCGGGAAAAAAAGCUAUUUCAAAGCUAUAUCACUGUCACGACUACUAUGUUGCUCGGAACUGCACCCAAUAAUUUCACACACUAUUGCACUUGUGUAUAUGGUUGUGUGACAAUAAAAGUGAUUUGAUUUGAUUUUUAUUUUCCCAGCUUGUAAAGCUAAUGUGCAUUCGUGUACUUCAGUUGAUUGACAGGCGAUGUCUGUAUCUAAAACGUGAUUGGUUCUUUUAGCUGUAAUGCCGGACUUCCUUUCUUCAUGGCCCGUCUCUGCUAAAUGGACCCUGUCACAGACCUGUCUUGAUGCGUUUCCGUCUUCUUUAACAACUUAAAUGUAGCAAACUUUAAAAAAAACAAAAAACAAAAUCAGAUACCACAGCUGCGAUGAGCCUUCUAACACAGCUGCUGAGGGAGUGACAGAAAAUUUGGUCUAUUUUUCUCUUCUUACUGCUGUUAUCCAGCACUCUAUAUUUUUAUCUUUUUUUGCAAAGCUGUGAAAGCAUAAUCGUUGAUUUUUUCUUUUGCUGUUGGAGCAAACGGGUAAGCAAAAAUUACAUUUGCUGUGGUCUCCCAUUCACUGCAAUUCAGGUUUACUCUGCUAUGCGUCUACUUCUGCUCUCAAACCCGGAUAUGUGAAAAGGGUCCUUAGUCUUUGGCAGAACACACGUCUCGAGACGCGUUUUAAAAGGUUAACGUUCUUUUAAUUUUGGCACGGCGCAAUGGUCAAAGACGUUUCUCCAGCACGUUUACAUAGAAAAACUAUUGAAAAAUGGCACAGACGGACGCAAAAAUACGUUUGGUGUGAACAACCCCUAAUAGUAGGCCUAAAGUUGCAGUAUUAGACACAGGCCAAGACUGAGAACUUAGAUGUUCGUUUAAAAUAUGAAUCUGAUCAGGUGCAUUGUUAAACUUUAUGUUGUUCUACUGUCAAUUGGAUGUGUGCAUUGUAUAUAGAAUGUGUGAGAUUGUAUUUUGUGUGUAUGUGUGAAUUAUCUCAAAUUAAAGGUGAC